CCGUUUCGUUGCUCAGCGUUACGUUCAACAGUACAAAUUUCGAGUCAGUUUUCUACGUUCAAAAUCAACUCUAUCAUGACAGAAACUGUCGUUCCCGCCGCUCCGGCACCAGUCACUGCAUCGCCAGCCGCGAAAAAAUCUCCGGCCAAGAAGAAGACUGCUGCUGCUGCUGCUUCAAAGGCAAAGAAGCCCGCUGCGUCUCACCCGACCACUUCCGUGAUGGUGACGUCUGCCAUCAAGGAACUGAAGGAGAAGAAGGGUGCGUCUCUGCCGGCUAUCAAGAAAUACUUGGCUGCCAACUACAAAGUCGAUCCCGCCAAGCUGGCGCCGUUCAUCAGGAAAUUUUUGAAAGCCGCUGUCGCCAACGGAACCGUCGUGCAGACCAAGGGCACUGGCGCUUCUGGUCACUUCAAACUGCCGGUGGCCGAGGUCAAACCGAAAAAGGCAGCUGUAGCCAAGACGAAGAAACCGGUCGUCAAAAAAGUCAAAGCCCCCGGUGCAGUAAAAAGGAAGUCGACGUCUGCUAAGAAAGUGAAGCCCGCGUCCGGCGAACCGGCAGCUAAAAAAGUUAAAAAGGCUGUCGCCGCUAAACCUAAGGUUGCCAAACCGAAGAAAUCUCCGGUCAAGGCGAAAAAACCUGCUGGCGCUGUCAAACCCAAAGCGAAGAAGACUCCAACCAAGAAAACAGCAGCUCCCAAGAAGAAGUAAACUAACUGAUCGUUCACUUCUCUCGUCCCCUUAAAACGGUCCUUUUCAGGACCACCAAUUUCUUAUACACUUAAUUAUUUUUCGUUGGUUAUAAAACGAACUAUAAAUCAUGUCAAGAAAAAUUAUCAUCACGUUAAAAUUAUUAUACUUUUAAGAUCAACACUCGACAAUCCGUUGAUAAUAAUAAUUAUAAUUUAUACAUAUUUUUAACUUACAAGUCAAUACUAACUGAUCUACAGCGAAUCAUUUGUUACCCUUACCAUAUUUUGUACCAACAGUUGUAGUUGCUUCGCAGUAUAAAAUCGCCUACCGAUUAUAUUAUAUUUUAAUACCAAGCCUACUACGUUAAUAUGUGUAUCACAUAUCAUUUAUUUUCACAUACGUUCUAAUAUAUUAUUAUAUACAAAUUACAA